GCGUUCACAUUUGUUGUUGUUGCGCCGGAGCUCGGACGUGUAUUUGUUUAAAUGCGGGUGUGCUGCGUCAAAACGAAAUAUAAUUUUAUUCCAGUCCAACUUAUUAAUAUAUAUAGUUGUUAACUGUUCAUCAGUCAAUUGUGUUGUCGAAGAACUCAGUUGAGUGGACCGAAUAUUCCGUCGUGCAACGAAAUAAAUAUACAACAAAAAUAAAAGAAGAAAUUAAAUAAUAUCAAAGUGCAUUUGCUGGCCAAUACAAUGCAUAGUAUUUAAUGCCUAUGUAAAUAAAAGUGCAACGCCAGUAUCUGCGACAGUUUACCUUUCCAACAAACAUACACAUACACACACACACGCGCUUACGCACUAGUAACAGGGCUGUUGGGUGAACACAAAGCACAGGUCUGUCGCACAGGACAAACUACCAAGAAGCCAACAACAACAACAGGCGUACAAUAGUUCCGUUUUCCUUUUAUUUUGGUCCUUUUUUUUUCUUUAUUUGUUUGUUUGUUACGUUUUGCACGUGAGUGCGAGUGAGUGCGUGUGUAGCGUGUAUCGGUGCGAAAGAGUGCAAGAACUUUCGCCCAAUUAAAAUGGCUCCAGCUCUGAGCAAAUUGGCGCAGAACCAAAGCGCAAUUGUUGGUGUGGCUGGCAUGACGGCAGCUCUAUGGAUAAUCGCAUAUGGCAAAAUAUCCAAUAACAAGAGGAAAUCGGCCUAUGAGGAAAAAAUUCAGUAUACCAUAUCGGAGAAGAAGGACAAAAAAUCGAGCAAGGCACAUGUGAAUUCAGUAUUCUUCAAACAGUUGAGACAGCUGCUGCCCAUACUCAUACCCAGAUUCUGGAGCAUUGAGACGGGUCUGUUGCUAUUGAUCGCCGGCUCCCUGAUUGGUCGCUCCGUCAGCGACAUUUGGAUGAUACAGAAUGCGACCGUUGUGGAGAGCACCAUAAUACAUAUGAAUCGGGCCAAAUUCAAGACGGCUCUACUGAAAUAUCUAGCCGCGCUACCAGCGAUCUCUGUGGUUACGAAUGUGCUGAAAUGGAGUCUGGGCGAGCUGAAGCUGCGUUUUCGCACAAAUCUAACCCAUCAUUUGUACAGCCAGUACCUCAACGGCUAUACGUACUACAAAAUGUCGAAUUUGGAUAACCGAAUAGCGAAUGCCGAUCAGCUGCUGACCACUGACAUCGACAAGUUCUGUGAGAGUGCCACAGAUCUGUAUUCGAACAUCAGCAAACCGGUGCUGGAUAUCUUCAUCUAUGUGUACAGGCUGACCGUAAACCUGGGCGGAAAGACACCGUCCAUACUGAUGCUGUAUCUGUUGUUUGCUGGCGUAUUCCUCACACGCUUGCGUCGUCCGACGGGCCGUCUGACCGUCGAGGAGCAGAAGCUGGAGGGUGAAUUCCGUUAUGUGAACAGCAGGCUGAUCACUAACUCCGAGGAGGUCGCCUUCUACCAGGGCAAUGUCCGCGAGAAGCUGACGCUGCUCGCCAGCUACUCGAAGCUGCGAUCGCAUCUGCGCAAGUUCCUCGAGUUCCGUGUCAGUAUGGGCAUCAUCGACAACAUCAUUGGCAAAUACUUUGCUUCGAUUGUGGGCUUCUAUGCCGUGUCCCUGCCCUUCUUCUCGGAGAACCAUCCGCUGCUGUCCGGGGAGAAUAGCGGACAGCGCUUGCAGGCCUAUUACACAUACGGCCGGAUGCUGGUCAAGCUGGCCGAGGCCAUUGGCCGGCUGGUGUUGGCGGGCCGUGAGAUGUCCCGCUUGGCCGGCUUUACCGCCCGCAUGACCGAACUGAUCAAGGUGCUGAGCGAUCUCAACAAGGGCACCUACGAGCGCACCAUGGUCAAUGGCAACAGCAUCACGCAGAACGGCGGCCCCAAUGCCACCGCCAGCAGCUUUGGCCCCAACAAGGGCAUCAUGUGCUUCGAGGACAACAUCAUACGAUUCGAGCAGGUGCCCCUGGUCACGCCCAAUGGCGAUAUUCUGCUAAAGGAGCUCACCUUUGAAGUGAAAUCUGGCACCAAUGUCCUCGUCUGCGGACCCAAUGGCUGUGGCAAGUCUUCGCUCUUCCGCAUUCUCGGCGAGCUCUGGCCCACGUGGGGUGGCAAGGUUACCAAGCCCUCGCGCGGCAAACUCUUCUACAUUCCCCAGCGUCCGUACAUGACAUUGGGCAGCUUGCGUGAUCAGAUCAUCUAUCCCCAUACACGCGACGAUAUGCGUCGUCUGGGCAAAUCGGAUGAGGAUCUGUUGCACUUCCUGGACAUUGUGCAGCUAACGUAUCUGGAGCAGCGUGAGAACGGACUCGAUGCGAUCGAGGACUGGAUCGAUGUGCUCUCUGGUGGCGAGAAGCAGCGCAUUGCCAUGGCCCGUCUCUUCUACCACAAGCCGCAGUUCGCCAUAUUGGACGAGUGCACCAGCGCCGUGUCCGUCGAUGUCGAGGGCAAGAUGUACAGCUAUUGUCGUGAGGUGGGCAUUACGCUCUUCACUGUGUCGCAUCGUAAAUCCCUCUGGGUGCAUCACGAUUACUAUUUGCAAUUCGAUGGGCGUGGCAGCUAUGAGUUUAAUACCAUCGAUCAGGACAAGGAGCACUUUGGCUCCUAAGCGAAUGUGUCUUUGGCAUUGGAUUGACAGUCAUUGACAAAGAGUGCAAGGAGGGGCCAAGGGUGGGGGGUGGUCAAGUAGUCAACA